CCUGGUAGACGGCGGACGUGUGCUCGGGACGAACACUCACGCAUCCUCACACACCCGCGCCGUUACUUUACAUGCCAGUGUCUUCAACGACUUCUCCAGUUUAGUGUGUGAAACCGACCGCUACAUCGUCUUAGAAUAAACACUGAUUUUUGUCAGUGUUCCAUCUGUGAAAAUUUAGUGACUUGAGAGUGGAUUUUAAUGAUGUCCCUAGAAUAAGAGUGUGUGGCAAACUUCCGAUCUUGACCAGGUGUUGAGUCCCGCUGCCAAGACUCAGGAUGAAGCUUCUUCGUGCCGUCAUGAUGGCGGCGCUGGCGGCGGCGGCGGCGGGAGCGACGAUGUCCGUGUUGGAGGGCGACGAGGCGAGCGAAGCCUGGGAGCUGCUGCAGGAAACAGCCACCACGCUCUGGCCCGAGCGAGGCUGCCACUACGACGGCGCCUGGUUCGCCCCCGGGGAGGUGGUCCCUUCGCAGGAGCCAUGCCUCAACUGCUCGUGCUUGGACGAGGCGCUCGUGUGCCACCUGCGGGUGUGUGCCCACGUGCCCGACCCCGUGCCCGAAGGCUGUUACGUCGUUAGGAAGACGAGCGAGUGCUGCGGCCAGGUGGUCUGCGAGAAGGACCUCGAGAGCAACAGGCUGCUCCGUAAGGACACGGCCUUGGAGGACGCAGCGGAAGGCGGCGAGACGACACAGGAUGCCUGGUGGCAGCGGGACGAGGCGGCGGAGGACGCCGUAGCAGGAACGCGGCGUCGGGGAAGCGCCGUCGUCAACGGCACCGUCAAGGAUGGUGACACCAGCAAAAAUCAACUUCUGCAGCUGCUAAAGGCGAAGGCGAUGGGCAGCAACCGGAGUCCCGAGGAGUGGCACACCAACAUGGCCCGCAGGAGCGCCUCGGGAGACGGCGUCAUCGUGGACACCAGUGAUCCUCAGUUGUUAGCCUUCCUGGUAGAUGGUGACGGAGAGCAAGAUUUUGCCAGUGUAACCGAGGCCCCUGAUUCCGUAACGGAACCCGAGGAGCCUCUUCCGUCCGAGGAGUCUGAGGCUAAGUUGCCUCCUAGUAGAAAGUUACGUCCAUUUAAACGCCCUUUGUCGAGGUUUGUGUCACGCCCGUCGCCCGAAGAAAUCUCCAAGCGCCGGUCGCAGUCUCGGUACCGAGUGGACCGCCCGCCCACCCGGAUCUCCCGCCCUUCGAACCCCAACGCUUCCCGCCCCCUGCGCCCAAGUCGGCCCUCCCGCCGCGGCAGCCAGAGCCUCAUCUACCGCUUCCGCCAGCGCGCCAGGCCCAACAACGAGCAAGACCGCAACGCCACAGAAGACAGUGAUACUUCAGCUCUCGUAUCUACCUCACGUGCCCCCUUUGCGGCUGCUGCUACCUCGCCCGCCCCUCCCAUCACGACCGCCCCCGCACCUGACGGCGAAGCGGACGAGGAAGAGGGCGUUACUUCUCUCCAAGACUUAGAAGCUUUACUCGGUUCUACUUCCACCACUACGACCCCCCGAACCACCCCUGCCGAAUCCAACCCAUCCACUUCCAAGCCCUCCACUACUUUUGCUUUGUCCUCCACCACGACCCCGGCCCCCGAGGUCGCCGCCGCUUCGACACCAGCCGCCUCUAAGGGGACACAAGUCGAAACUGGACCGGAGAUUUCUGGAGUCAGUGGCGUCGGCGAAGUGUUCUGGAUAAAGGAUGUACGAGGAGGAACCUCUGCUGCCUCAUCAAGACCUCCCCCCAACUUCAGUACGAGAGAGCCUGUGAAAAUCGGUACAGGCAUGAAUGUUAAAGGAAGCCUUAAGAAUGCUGUGAAGUUUGGUCCUAUCUACAUUCUAGAUAACAGGGUACGAACCGACCGCCAGCACAGGGCUGAAAAUGCCACAGAAACAGAAACAACUCUUGAGGUGGAAGAACUGACUGUAACAGACAUUCCUGAGGAGGAGACGACCAUCCUGAUUAAGGAAACGACACUGCCUACUAAGGACACUGUUGCGGAGAAUGACAAUGAGGUUGCUCGGGAAGAAACUACUCCAAAUACUGAGAAAAAUAUUGAUGGUGACGCACCGGCGAGCGAAAUAACCACUUUGUUGCCUAUCGUUUUGCCCCAAGAAACGACUAUUAAACCAGUGAGUGAAGAGUCACCUUCCACAGCCACAGUUCCAUCUGAACCUGCAGUGGAAGAGGGAGCUUCAUCUUCCACGACUGCAACCACACAAGAUGAAGCCUCCGUCACCGAUGACUUUAGCAACUACACCGACAUUGAAUACCUUGAUCCAGAUGCAGACUACCCUUCAUAUGAUAUAACAGUAGGAACCUCUGUGUUGGCUUCCCCUCCUUCUGGUCCUGAGCCCCUAGGAGUGGGCGAAGUGAUUCCUGUGGAGUUAGAGCCGCAGCACAAAGCGCCUGCCGAUUCACUGGACCUGGAACCCGAACACAAGUCCCCAGAGGAGUUAAAACCAGAGCACAAAGAUAGCGAGGAAAGCGAGCCUACCACCGAAUCCCCGCAAGCUUCUUUUAUAGGUACACUCUUGAACUACUUUACGCGGCCUGAGCGACCUGAGCGGCCAAGACCAAUCAGACCACCACGACCACCGUUCAGCUCUCGUCCAGGACCAGACUUCAGGCCGCGUCCAGGUUUAGGAGGCAGACCACGACCAGGACUAGAGGGAAGACCACGACCAGACUUUAGACCACGUCCAGGACUAAAUGGCAGACCACGGCCAGGCGUCGACUUCAGACCACGCCCAGGAAUAGACACUGUACCUCCUCCUGAACUUGAACCCGCACAACCCUCCGACGUCGAAGAUAGUCCAACUCCAGAGACAGAAGAUGGAACACGUCCAGCAUCAGAAGACAUACCAAGUGUAGAUGCAGAGACCCUGCCAGAUGAAGAAGCUGGUCUCCAGUCAGAUGUGGAAGAACAGGCAGAUGCUAUGUUAGAUGUACGCCCAGAACUGGAGGAAAGGCCACGUCCAAACCUGGGAAGUAGACCUCGUCCUGCCUUAGCAAACAGACCCCGCCCGGGAGGAAAUUUCAUUCCACCAAGAUUCCGUUUCACUCCAGCAACAACGGCAGAGGAGGAGCCUGCCACAGACCCUUCCGUCACCAUUCCAACCUCCCCUGAGCCUCAGCCCUCAACCACCAGCGCACCUCGCUUCACGCUUCCGUCCAUCCUCCCGAAGCCCAUCCACAGCCCGCCCGCCAUCGUGCCCAUCCGCCCUGACUUCAUCCCGACCCGGACGGAAGACGCUCCGGUGCGUCCCAUCGGCCCGUUUACUCGGCCAGCCAUCCAGGCGGGAGGGUCGGCCGACCUGCCGUCCAAGCCAGUCAUGGAAGGAGGCUUUCAGGGAAUUCGGGACGAAGGAGAAGGCAUCAACCCUGCGUUUGACUACAUCGAGUAUGACUCGGACGGAGAACCGACACUGCCGCCAUCGCUACCAAACCUGAAGAUCAUUCCGUUUGUAGCAGCUGAUGCUCUCACCAACCAGGAGGUGAGCUUCAGCGGAGAGGACUUCCGCUCAACGCCUCGGCCCUUCGUCGCAGCGUCUGCAGCCGAGGGCGCGAGCGACGACGUCCAGCCCGAGACAACCGAGGAGGCCGUCACGAGCACCACGACGCGCCGCCCGCUCAUUCGCCCCGCCGACCGCCGGCCGCCCGUCCUCCCGCCCCGCAGGCAGUUCCGCCCAUCCGCAGACGGCUCAACCACACGGCGCCCUUUCCUACCCUUCCGGCGGCCCAGCGACCGUACAACGCGCAAGCCUUUCGGCCGCCCAUCCCUGACGUCCACCCCGGAACCCGAGGACUUCGAGGACGCCCCCACCGAAGACUCUGAGCCGCGCCUGCCCUUCGUCAACCGAGAUCGCCCAUUUGCUCGCCCAGCAUUCAUUCCCCCUCGCCGCUCCUCCACUUCGACGACCACAACAGAAGCCACCGAAGCGCGACGGACCCCCCACCCAACGACCCACAGCUGCUCCCUCUUCCAUCCCCGAAUUGCUGCCAAUCCUGCUAACAACUCGGCCGCAGCCAAUCGAAAUCGUUACAACGACUCCCACGACAACUUCCCGGCCUAUCCAGUCUGACGACAUCGCAAACCUGCUCCUCCAGGAUGCCUUUGAGCUGCCCGAGGGCCAAGGUUCGCCCCCGGUGAGAUUUACGCCCGCACGUGCCACGCCCAAGCCCAUCGUGCCGUUGAAACUGUCGACGGCGCUGCCCGAAAUCCCGUCGGCCGUGCGGGACCAGUUCCCUCUCGCCAUCGACCCUGUCCUCGCGUCCGGACUCCUGAAGCUCUCCGGAUGUAACAUCUUAGGCAGAAUGUACGAAGUUGGAGAAAAGAUUUCAGAACUCUCCGCCGUCUGCAAAGAAUGCCAGUGUACUCCAGUGGGCGUGCAGUGCCUCCCCGUGUGCUAGAGAGAUCUGUGUUACAUGGGUGCUCACGUUAUGGACCAGACUGAGGGUGGCGCAGGAGGGCCUCCGCCUCCUGCUGCCUUCGCACUUUGUAGAUAAAGAUAACCGAAUGAGGUAGAUUUAAGCGGACGACAAAGAUCCAGUGUACAGUGUAUUUUACUGGGGUGACAAGACUGGGUUUUUGCACUGAUAUGUUAAUAGGAUUUUCUUGUAAGGCAUUGCAUGCAGUUUGUCUUCUUCGUGUACAUUAACAGUCGACGUAAUAGUGCCACUACAUGGGCGUGAAAAACCAUACGGUGUAUAACCACACGUCAUCCAUGAUCUGUUUUCAGAUUUCACACACAUGAUCCAUUAGUUUUUCUACCAAGGUUUAUUGGUUUAAAGCCACCCUUUAUUCAUAAGGAAUGAAAAGGCGUAUGUAAUAGUUAUAACCAUGUAAACACACGAAUUACAAUACAUUUACUUGCACAUAACUAAUAGGAAAAUGAAAAGUGUCCGCGCGAUGGAACCUCACUACCCUGUUUUGAAGACCAAGCUGAAGCCAGAUUUCGCGCUGGGCAUUACAGCUCCUCCGCUCGGCCCACUCCCAGGGCUGCCUCUCCCUCUCGACGUCUGCGCGAACUGCCAUAGCGAGGCAGUUAGAUGAACACUCCCUGCUCCCACUUGUCCAAGAAUAUCCCUUGCCGUCUUGGGAGCUGCAAACUGCAAGCUGUCUGUCUUUGACCGCCUCGAAACUUUAGCCUUCGAAAUUCAUGUACAAAAUCACAGAAAAAAAUCAUAUGCAAAAAGGCAUAGGCACAUGCAAAGAACAAAAAGAAAUAUCUAUAUCUAUUUGCCUAUUAGUUUAUCUGUAUCUUCAUAUGUGGAUAUGCAAGUCCAUGCAUGUAUACAUACACACACAAGCACACACACAUUACAUGUACAGAUAUGCAUAU